UCUAUUCGCUUUCAGGCGGGAUGUUCUGUGGGACGAUCAAAACAUUGCUGGAUUCUUUAAGUUUUGUCUUCUAAGAAGGAAGAAACGAGGUUUUUGUUUUUCUCCUAAUCCAGUUACGUCAACUUAGUCGUGUUAGUGUUUUAUUUGCCUAUACUUAUUUAUUUUUUUUGUAAAUGCGGUUAUGGCUGGUGACUGAACGCAAUCAUUAUAGGCUGCUAGGGUGUUUUACCUGUUCUGUUAAUAAUCUCACGAUUCUUAUAAGCAUGGAAAGACCCUCCAGGAAUAAGAAAACUGUUAAUUAUUCUGAAUUUCAAGAAGCUGCUGAUGAUGACGACUUCACCUCUGUGAAAGUGCCACCCACCAAAAAGGCCCGAAAGUCCGUCAGAGAGCCGGAGCAAGAGAAGAAAGCUGAAAGUAAAACGAUUACAACCACAAGCCAGGAGGCCAGCCCUCUGCAAACUAAGCCGAGGCUAUCUGUGGAUGAGAAAAUGUACGAACGCAACUUGGAAGCGGCUCUUCAGCUGUCCAUAAUCGCGUCGGCCGCAGUGGCAGAAAUCUCCGUUUUUAUUUCCCCCCCCCCUCUGCGAGGAGCCAAUGAGAAUCAGCCUCCCCCUGAACUGGAUAUGAAGGCUCCGUCUCCGUCACUGUCUAACUGCAGUGUGAACGCCAGCCUUUUGGGUCUGGAUAAGAUUACAGAUGAGGUGGGGUCCCACAGCACCCCCUCCAGGCAGAGAAAAGCAGCAUCUAAGGCUGCUGAGCAGCAGAAGCGAAUACUGAGUGACGGGAGGGACAGCGGUGCUGAGAAUGAAGGGGAUGAGGAUUACCAGCCCACUUGCACACCAGACGCUGAUUCCGAAAGCGAAGGCGAGAGCGAAGAGGAGGAGUUCACGAUAACGAAAAGCAGAAGUGUGAAAAAGGGAGGGAGUAAGAAGCAGACAGCCAGCCGCGCGGCGAGCUCGGGGAGCGAGAGGAAGCCCCGCAAGGCCGCCGAAGCGAAAGCAGGGCCUGCAAAGACUCCCACAGCGUGUCGUGCUGCAGCUCCUUCAAGACCAGCUUCUGUGCCUAACAUAUCGAAAUCUGCAGAACCCAUCAGUCCAGCAGGGGGCAGACUGCCCAAAUGGAAUCCACCUGGUCAGAUUGGGCAUAGUCCUACCAUCACAUCGAAGCCUGGGGGGAAAUCUCCUGGUCAGGGUCUGAGACUGGGGCUGUCCCGCCUGGCCCGGGUCAAGCCCCUGCAUCCCAGUCUGGCUCACUGACAUUCUCCUGUGUGUUGGAUACUCUGUGUGUGUAUUUGUGUGUCUGGGGGGGGGGGAGCUGGUGUUUUGUGAUUUUUGAGUUAUUUUUAAUUUACAUUAGGUUAUAUAUAUUUUAAUAUUCCACUCUGCUUUCAAAUUAAAUUUCAAAAGUUGUCUUCCGGGGGUGAUGCACGUCUUUUGCUUUGCUCUGACUCACUAAAGCUUUCUUUAAGAGAUGACAUAAAACAAGCCUUUUCAGCUGUUUUGCUUGCUUCAAACUCUGUACUUUGCUGUGGAAUGGUGGUUGAUCUGAGUUUCAGUAUAAGAUGAAUAAUACCUGGACAUUUUAUAAAUAGUUUUAGUUGCGUUGCCUGGGUACAGAAUUUAGUUGCGUCUGCGUGGUGCACCGGCUCCCCCUACUGGACUGACUUGGAAUUUAAAACUUUUUUUUUUAGGUCUUUGAAGUAAAUGGCGCAUUUAGUACGUCCUCAUUCUGUCAAAUUAGCCGUGUGUGAGCUAGCAACUAGUUCCUGUUUUUGUUUUUGUCUUGUUUACCGUUUUCUCCGUGUAUGUUUGUCAAACUUUUUUAUUUUUAAAAUAAUUUAAUAAAGAUUUAUUAUUUGGAAAAGGA